AUGGCAACACUCGCCGGGUGUGCGACUGUUGUUGUGAGACAUUCACGAUCAUUUCUCUCCCCGCGGCAAUGUUUACAGUCUAACAAUCUUGUUAGAUACAGGUCACUGCAGGGCAACAGAAUUUCCUUACCAUUUUCAUCAUCGAUAAGGUUACACUUCACAUGUAGGGGAAAAAUCUGCCCACAAUGUGCAAAAUAUCCAAGGAACAACUUCUUCUCAGGGUUUCAGCUAUUUAAAAAGGUUUUUAGGCAUAAAAUAGGUAACAGAGAUUGCUUCCAUCCAGGUGCUUCCACACUUUCACCAAUCGAGGUCAAAGCCGACGCACAAGUGGGAGCCUGGGUCAUUAUUCGGAAGAUGCUGAACUAUGUUUGGCCCAAAGACAACUUCAGAAUACGAGCCAGAGUUGUAGUAGCACUGAGCUUACUUGUGGGAUCAAAGGUUGUGAAUGUCCAAGUGCCUUUCCUCUUCAAAAAUGCUGUGGAUUACCUCAAUGAACCUAGCAACUAUUUAAAUCUGGAAGACCCCACUGGGACCAUCAUCACCAUGGCAACAGCAUUAGUAAUUGGCUAUGGAGUAGCAAGAGCUUCAGCAUCUCUUUUCAACGAGUUAAGAAAUGCUGUUUUUGCCAAAGUAGCACAGGGCUCAAUCAGGAGAGUUGCACGCAGUGUCUUCCUGCAUCUCCAUAACUUAGAUCUCAGCUUCCAUUUGUCCCGACAGACUGGUGCGCUGUCCAAGGCUAUUGACAGGGGUACAAGGGGAAUAAAUUUCGUCCUCAGUGCCCUGGUUUUUAACGUAGCACCAACGAUAUUUGAAGUGGCCUUAGUUAGUGGAAUUCUGUAUUACAAAUGUGGGGGUAAAUUUGCCCUGGUUACCCUAGGCUGUGUGGCAUCUUAUUCCAUAUUCACAUUAGCAAUAACACAAUGGAGGACAAAGUUCCGUGUAAUGAUGAAUAAAGCAGACAAUGAUGCUGGCAACAAGGCCAUUGAUUCCCUCAUCAAUUUUGAGACUGUCAAAUACUUCAACAAUGAGAAGUAUGAGGCUGACAUGUAUGACAAUGCACUGAAGGACUUUGAGAAGGCCUCUCUGAAGACGACGACAAGCCUGGCAGCUCUCAAUUGGGGACAGAAUGCCAUCUUUAGCGUGGGUCUGACCUCCAUUAUGUUACUGGCCAGUCAGGGAAUUAUGGCAGGUACAAUGACUGUGGGAGAUCUGGUGAUGGUGAAUGGCCUGCUGUUCCAGCUUUCUCUACCCCUGAACUUUCUGGGCUCUGUGUACAGAGAGAUCCGUCAGUCAUUGAUAGACAUGCAGACAAUGUUUAACCUGCUCCAGCUUUCCUCUGAUAUACAGAGUGAUCCCCAGGCCCCACCUCUGGUGAUAUCACCUGCCGAAUCGUCUGUUGUGUUUGAUAAUGUGUCUUUUGCCUACGUUCCUGGCAACAAGAUUCUAGAUGGCUUGUCAUUCUCAGUGCCCUCGGGGAAGAAGGUAGCCAUAGUAGGGGGCAGUGGUUCAGGGAAAUCCACCAUUGUGAGAUUACUAUACAGAUUUUUCGACCCUGAGGAAGGGCGGGUCUUAAUCAACGGUCAGGACAUCAAAGCUGUCAACCUGGACAGUAUGAGGAAAGCCAUUGGUGUCGUUCCCCAGGACUGUGUUUUAUUUCACGAUACUUUGUACAAGAACAUCCAGUAUGGAGAUUUGUCCAAACCCCCUGAGGAUGUAUACAAGGCUGCUCAGAUGGCAGAGCUAGAUGAGUCAGUCAGGACCAGGUUCCCACAUCAGUAUGACACGCAGGUUGGGGAGAGGGGACUUAAACUCUCAGGAGGAGAGAAACAGCGUGUGGCCAUAGCCCGGACCAUUCUGAAGGACCCGCCUAUCAUUGUGUACGAUGAAGCUACUUCCUCUCUAGACACCAUCACAGAACAGAAUAUCCUUCAAGCAUUGCGCCGAGUUACUCAGGGAAAGACAACCAUUGUGAUUGCUCACCGUCUGUCGACUGUUGUGGAUGCUGACGAGAUACUGGUCCUUGAGCGGGGAAAUGUCGUGGAGCGAGGAACACAUUAUAGUCUGAUAGCUAAUCCUGCCAGCAUUUACUAUGACUUGUGGCAUAAACAGAGUUCUGUGCCUGAAUUGGAAGAAAAUGAACAGAUUUCCUAGUGGUUUGACAAGUUAUCUCCCCUUAGUUUGCCAUGUUUGCAUGUCACCCACAUGUAGCAAUACCUGUAUUCUUGAUGUGUUACACUGUUAACUGCUGAAGGACUGAAAUGUACAUGUUUUUCUGAUGAGUGUGAGGUGAGACAUUUGUUUAUUCUGAUCAAAGUCUGAUUUCAUAAGUUAUUCCAUCCGCAAUCUAGAAGGUACAUUCUUUGUUUUUUUUUAUUUUCACUGGACAGUUUGCAUGGCUGUCAUUGCAGCAUCUGUCAUAAUAUAUUGAAACUCCAUAGUAUAUCAAAAUAUCAAACUAUUGAGAAUGUAUUUGCCCAUGAAGAUAAUGUAAGAAGUAUAAAACAUUCUGUAUAUGUUAUCUGACAUGUAUAUACAUGUAGCUUCCUGUAGAGAUUAUUCAGUGGUCAUUUCAUUAGAUACCACUUAGUUUAGAUCAUACAUCGAGAAAUUUCAUGAUGAAGUCAGAUGUUUUUUGAAUUUAAAUUUCACAGAGAAGUGUUUACUAUUUUGAAAAAUGUUUUCAUGUCAG